GGCCCCUCCACACCACACCCAUGGCCUGCUACGACCUCUGCCGCCCCUGCGCACCCACCCCGCUGGCCAACAGCUGCAACCAGCCCUGUGUCACCCAGUGCCAGGACUCCACCGUCCUCAUCCAGCCCUCCCCCGUGCUCGUCACCCUGCCAGGGCCCAUCAUGACCUCCUUCCCCCAGAGCUCCGCCGUCGGAUCCAGCGCAGGGGCUGCCCUGGGCACGGAGCUCAAUGCCCAGGGACAGCCCAUCUCCGGCGCCUUUGGGGCCUUUGGCUACGGCCUCGGCUCUGCCCGUGCCUUUGGCUACGGCCUGGGAGGCCUGGGCUGCUACGGCACCAGGGCUGCUCCCAUCUGCUGA